AGCCAUGUUUAGAGGCACUUAAAGGACAAGCAUCCCAGGUUCUUUCUUUCUGGUAAUUUGGAGAAGCCAUCACACCGGAUCCUUUUUUCACCUCCAGCCCAUGUGGACUGAGCAGCCAAGGCCUGACAGAGAAACCUUUCUACUUAUUGCAGUGCCUAAUUUUCUCAGUAAUACUGAAAGAAGCAAAAAAGUUAUAAGCAUCCCCAAGUUGCAAGAGAAGCAAGAGUCAGAGUGGUCACACGUUUCCUAGUAAUGAGCAGGUUGGCAACGUUGCAAGUCGCAUCAUACAACAUGUUGAGAUUAAGGCUCUCAUCCACAUUCUCCAUGGGAUUUCAUCUGUUAGCUAUUGUGGCUCUCCUGUUUUUCCAUGUGGACCAUAUAAGUGCUGAGACAGAAAUGGAAGGAGAAGGAAAUGAAACUGAGUGUACUGGCUCAUAUUACUGUAAGAAAGGGGUGAUCUUGCCCAUUUGGGAACCCCAAGAUCCUUCUUUUGGGGACAAGAUUGCUAGAGCUACUGUAUACUUUGUGGCCAUGGUCUACAUGUUUCUCGGAGUCUCUAUCAUAGCUGACAGGUUCAUGUCCUCAAUAGAAGUCAUUACAUCUCAAGAAAAAGAAAUUACCAUCAAAAAGCCCAAUGGAGAGACCACCAAGACUACUGUGAGGAUCUGGAAUGAGACCGUUUCUAACUUGACCCUGAUGGCCCUGGGAUCUUCUGCUCCGGAGAUUCUGCUUUCGGUCAUCGAAGUGUGUGGCCAUAACUUCACUGCAGGAGACCUAGGUCCUAGCACCAUUGUGGGAAGUGCUGCCUUCAACAUGUUCAUCAUCAUUGCGCUCUGUGUUUACGUGGUCCCAGAUGGAGAGACCAGGAAGAUUAAGCACCUGCGCGUAUUCUUCGUGACUGCAGCCUGGAGCAUAUUUGCCUAUACUUGGCUCUACAUCAUCUUGUCUGUUAUCUCGCCUGGUGUUGUGGAGGUUUGGGAAGGUUUACUCACUUUCUUCUUUUUUCCCAUCUGUGUGGUGUUCGCUUGGGUAGCAGAUAGGAGGCUUCUGUUUUACAAGUAUGUCUACAAAAGGUAUCGGGCUGGUAAGCAGAGGGGAAUGAUCAUUGAACACGAAGGAGACAGGCCGUCUUCCAAGACUGAAAUUGAAAUGGAUGGGAAAGUGGUCAACUCUCAUGUUGACAAUUUCUUAGAUGGCGCUCUGGUUCUGGAGGUGGAUGAGAGAGACCAAGAUGAUGAAGAGGCUAGACGAGAAAUGGCUAGGAUUCUGAAGGAACUGAAGCAGAAGCAUCCAGAGAAGGAAAUAGAGCAAUUAAUAGAGUUAGCAAACUACCAGGUCCUAAGUCAACAGCAAAAGAGUCGAGCCUUUUACCGCAUACAGGCUACUCGCCUGAUGACUGGAGCUGGCAACAUUUUAAAGAGGCAUGCCGCUGACCAAGCUCGGAAGGCUGUCAGCAUGCAUGAGGUCAACACGGAAGUGGCUGAAAAUGAUCCAGUUAGCAAGAUCUUCUUUGAACAAGGGACCUACCAGUGUCUGGAGAACUGUGGUACUGUGGCCCUGACCAUUAUCCGUCGAGGGGGUGAUUUGACCAACACUGUGUUCGUUGACUUCAGAACAGAGGAUGGGACAGCCAAUGCUGGGUCUGACUAUGAAUUUACUGAAGGGACUGUGGUCUUCAAGCCUGGGGAGACCCAGAAGGAAAUUCGAGUCGGCAUCAUUGAUGAUGAUAUCUUUGAGGAAGAUGAAAAUUUCCUUGUGCACCUCAGCAAUGUCAAAGUAUCUUUGGAAACUUCUGAAGAUGGCAUACUGGAAGCCAAUCAUGUCUCUACCUUUGCCUGCCUGGGAUCCCCUUGCACUGCCACAGUAACUAUUUUUGAUGAUGACCAUGCAGGCAUCUUUACCUUUGAGGAAGCUGUGACCCACGUGAGUGAGAGCAUUGGCAUCAUGGAGGUGAAAGUGUUGAGAACAUCUGGAGCCCGAGGAAAUGUUAUUGUUCCCUAUAAAACCAUUGAAGGAACUGCCAGAGGUGGAGGGGAGGACUUUGAGGACACUUGUGGAGAACUCGAGUUCCAGAACGACGAGAUUGUGAAGAUCAUUACCAUUAGAAUAUUUGACCGUGAGGAAUAUGAGAAAGAGUGCAGUUUCUCCCUUGUGCUUGAGGAACCAAAAUGGAUAAGAAGAGGAAUGAAAGGUGGCUUCACAAUUACAGGAAAAUACCUGUGUGGCCAACCUGUCUUCAGGAAAGUUCAUGCUAGAGAUCAUCCUAUUCCCUCUACCGUAAUCACCAUUGCAGAUGAAUAUGAUGACAGACAGCCACUGACCAGCAAAGAGGAAGAGGAGAGGCGCAUUGCAGAAAUGGGGCGCCCUAUCUUGGGAGAACACACCAAGUUAGAAGUGAUCAUUGAAGAAUCCUAUGAGUUCAAGAGUACUGUGGAUAAACUCAUUAAGAAGACAAACCUGGCCCUUGUGGUUGGCACAAACAGCUGGAGGGAACAGUUCAUUGAAGCGAUCACGGUCAGUGCUGGAGAAGAUGACGAUGAUGACGAAUGUGGGGAGGAAAAGCUGCCCUCCUGUUUCGAUUACGUGAUGCACUUUCUGACCGUGUUCUGGAAGGUCCUCUUUGCCUUCGUCCCCCCUACAGAAUACUGGAAUGGCUGGGCCUGUUUCAUCGUCUCCAUCCUCAUGAUUGGCCUGCUGACAGCUUUCAUUGGCGACCUGGCUUCCCACUUUGGAUGCACCAUUGGCCUGAAAGAUUCCGUGACUGCAGUGGUGUUUGUCGCACUUGGAACUUCAGUGCCAGACACCUUUGCCAGCAAAGUGGCAGCCACCCAGGACCAGUAUGCUGAUGCCUCCAUAGGUAACGUCACUGGCAGCAAUGCUGUGAAUGUUUUCCUGGGAAUCGGCGUGGCUUGGUCCAUUGCCGCCAUCUACCACGCAGCCAAUGGGGAACAGUUCAAAGUGUCCCCUGGCACGUUGGCUUUCUCUGUCACUCUCUUCACCAUUUUUGCUUUCAUCAAUGUGGGAGUGCUGCUGUAUCGGCGGAGGCCAGAAAUUGGAGGUGAGCUAGGCGGGCCCCGGACUGCCAAGCUCUUGACAUCCUGCCUCUUUGUGCUCCUGUGGCUCUUGUACAUUUUCUUCUCUUCCCUGGAGGCCUACUGCCACAUAAAAGGCUUCUAAAGGAACAACCAGAUCUAGCAAAUUUAUAUAUAUAUAUAUAUACAUAUAUACAUAUAUACAUAAAAAUUAUGUAUAAUGAACAGAGGAAACUGACAUUUGUCAUGUUCACUUACCUGCUGAUGGAAUCCAGCUUCAAGAGCAUACUCUGUACUAGGGCCGAAGUAAGAAACCAUCACCUUGCAUUCCUGGGGCAUCUUCAUGUUGAACAAGGCAAGGCGGCAGGCUCAGUGACUGCAGCACAGCCUACAAGGGCUGUACUCUCCAGGUUGAUAAAUUGCUAAGGCCUUGAUAUGUUUUCUUGUUUUCUGAUGUUGUUUUCAGUGCAGUUUGGGAGGUGGUUGACACUUGGCUUUUGUUUUUCAUUCUAUUUCAUUUUGUUUUCUUGGAAGGCUCAGGAUUUUGCUUCUCCUUUGGAAAGCGAUGGCCCAUCCAAAUGUAAAUGAGUUUUUGAUUUUUUUUUUGAGAAAAAUGUAGUCAUUAAGAUCUCCCUCACCUCCCCCCAAAUACUUAAAAAGUUAUUUUGGUUUAAGAAAGGAUCUGAGCAUGGAAAAAGAAAAGAAGCAUAUGUUUUCUGUUUCCAAAGUCUAUGCUUGUCUCCAGAAAGUAAGCCUACGCUAGGCUGCCUCCAAGAAACAUCAUGGGAGCUAGAAUGGAGCCAGGAAUACUGAUGUUUCUAUAAGUAGCUUGGUAUUUAAAGCUAUUAUGCCUGGCAUUCUUGUUCAACAGGUACAGUGUGAAUGUGCCUAGAUUGCCAAGAACAUAUAAAAUCAUUUGUUUCUUCUUUCUCUAGGUCUAGAUUAUGAUUAUCAAGGCCCUUAUAUUCCAGCCCAGCUAACCCUGCAGGUGUCCCAUCCCAACCCUUCUCCUCCUACUGUUCACUCACCCCAACAUGCAAACAGGAAGAAUAUUCUAUUCAAAAAGCACAUCUUCCUUUUCCAUUUGCAUCCAUGUUUCCCAACCCCAUGUUGCUCUUGCCUGGGCUUGUCUGUCAGUUUUAUUUUCAAAGGCAUCCAUGGCUUGCACAAUCCUGUUUCAGUCAUGACUAAACAUUCACUGUCAUUUUCAUGUGCCUGUUUGGGAAUGUUGUUGUGACCUGUUACACCAUGCAUGGAUGAAAAACAAAACAAAGCAUAUCUGUAUAUAAUAGAGUAUAGCAUAUAUUGUGCUCCCAUUCAGCAAUGUUGAUUGGACAUUGAAGACCUAAGUGAGUUUGUGUUUCACCUCAGUUGUUACUUUGAUUUUGUUACUGAGUUUGAUUAUUAUUUAGAGAUAGGAGCAGAAAAUGGCUUGUGCAUCUGCGCAUUCAUUCCUAAGAAGCAAUAACCAUCACAUGUGGAAGAAGUUAAAGUUAUUAAGAGAGUAGCUAGAAAACUAUAAGGAUCUUCACAGAGAACCAGCUUUGUGGAACACAUCUGGGGCAUCUAAGAAUCACUGGUUAGUUCCAUAAGGCCAAAGAGAAAGGUGUUGUAGAGAAGUAGAUGCAUUAGAUGUGCCUGGGCUUCCAAAGCUGCGGUUUCCACAGGCCUCAUCUCAUCUCUCCCUUCCCCGAUCCCUCUGCCCUCAAUAUUUAUUGCCUAUCUGCUCUGUCUGGCACAGACAGUAGAUACUAAAAGUUUGUUCCAUUUAUUUUUUUAUGUAAAAGGCUAUUUUUGAGCCUGUUUUCCCCUUGCCUUUCUCAUGCAGACUCCUCUAGCCAUAGUUCCUGAAUCAGAAAGAAGUUAUAGCAUAGCCAAGGGAGAUUUCUCCUCUACACAGGACUAAAAAGGGGGCAAUGAAAGAAGAUCAGCACCUCCCAGGAGCAUAGGAAUGACUAUAUCACAAAAUACCAAAGAGUGUGGAUAAACUCACAUUUCAAAGUAGUAACUCCACUAGUAAAAGAUUUCAGUCGCCUCCACCAGAGUUCUGUCUCUAAGGAACCCCAUGCUGGACCCAACCUUAUCCUUCUGUUGAUUCAUACUUAGUAAAUAACUGUUCCUAAAACAUAUUUCCUUUUCAUCCAUUCAGUAAUCCUGAUCCUCCAUGAUGUAACAGAUACCUAGUUAAUGAAUGAAUAACUAAAUGGUUACUCAUUCAAUAUGCCAGGUGGAAUGCUGCCUCCUUAUAACUAACCCAUAAACAAGAUGGCCCAGAUCCCUGUCCUCAGGAGAGUUACAGUUACAAUGAUUGCUAUUUCCAUUUGGAAAAGUUAACAUAACCAUGCAGAGACAAUCAUGCCUUGCUAGGGAAAACACAAUUAUUAAACCCUUUUAGCAGAAAAUACUCUUAAACCAUACCAGUGUCCAAAUGUCCAAGAUUUUCUUUAGCUAAGAGCAUGACCAAGUUACAGAUAUGUCCAUGUCCCCCUUUUAAGCCCAGAAGAGCAGUCUUUCUAGUGAUCCAAACCAUGGAGAAGGCCAAGUCGGUUGCUAAUCUGACAACGUGACUUCUCAACCCACAAAUCCUCUCUCUUGGAGACCCACAUCUGCAGUUGGAGUGGCCAGUGGCCCAACAGACUGGUGACCUAACUCCUAACUCCUGUGAGGCACAUUCUAAUACAACUUUUUGAUGUUUACUAAAUGGAAAGCUAGCCUAGAAAUACCAAGUAAGUUGUUUAAACAUUAGAGUCAGUACUCACUUUUAGCCACAUUUGGAAUGUCAACAAUCCCAUAGCAAAUUACCAUGGAGGACUCAAAAAAAAAAUUUUUUUUGCUGUUGGUCAAUUUCAAUUUCAAAGUUUUUUGUUCUUUUGCUUUUUAAGUUUUUGUGCUAUAGAAAUAAUGAUUGUGGUUAUUCAGGGCUAGUAUUAAUUAUACUACUUGUGUAUAAUUAUUUUGUGUGUGUUGUGCACAGUUUUAAGGGAUGGGUAAGUGCACUACUUAUGUUGUCCUUUACAAAUGGAACACAUUAUUGACAAAUAAAGUUUCUAAUCCUUUGAUUUAAUCGUUAGUACUGCAGCACAUUGUAUAUGGCAUGUUUUCUCUCUUCUCAUCAUCAUCCAUUUCAUUUUUUUUUUGUUUUCAUGUUUUGAAGAAAUAAAGACCAAAAAGGUAUUUAUUGUACAAUUGGUAUCCUCAUCAAAAAGGAAGAACCAACCCCGUAAUUCAGACUUUUGAAAAUGUAAAGCCUUUGGACCUAGAAUGUUCUUGUUUUAAUGUCCCAGGAGAGCAUAGUACCAGAAGUUUUUCUAUCCUAACAUGUUAAAAUAAAUGUAGGAUGCCACUA